AUGGAUCAACAAACGCUUAAAGGGCCUUUAGGCGAGGAACCGGUGUUACUGUUCUUCCGCGAGCACACUGAUGUGCCCUUUUCAUUCGUCUGCCCGCUGAGCUAUCAGCUCUUAAGUGACCCAGUGCAAGACCCCGACGCUGAGGAUGACGAAUCCCCUAUGGAGCGUGAGCCAUUCGAGACGUACCAGCAGCAAUACGGUGUGCGCCCAGGCACAGGCCUCCCACCCAUGGCAGAGCUCGAAACUCUGUCGACACCCCCGGCGAAGCGCGCACGGUUGAGUGAGGUGCAUGCGGCAGCGGCGCUGCAGCCGUUACCCUCAUGGCUGGCCAACGCCGUACGGCAUUGCGGAGCCGUACCGGGCGACGACGACGGCGGCGAGGGCCGGCCGUUGCUCAGCAUCACCGUUGGCAUCCCCCGCACCUUCUUCUGCCCCUUGAGCCGCGUAAUAAUGCGGGAUCCGGCAUAUAAUCGCUACGACGUGUAUCCCACCCUGGAGCGGUCCGCGCUGGUGGCAUACGUGGAGCGUUUCGGCAAGCACCCUUGGUCGGCCACGGCAUUCGGUACCAGUGGCCGUGGCAGUAGUGGCGGCCGGCCGGCGGCUGCACCGUCGGGUAUGAGGCAACCGACUGCCCGGUGGGUACUUGCCACCGCGGCCGCCACUGCUGCACCAUCAUCAGCACUUCCCAGGUCGGGUGGUGGCAGCGGUGAUGGUGGUGGGGGUGCUCGUCGAGCAGUGGAGGGACGGGCAGUGGCAGCAGCCACGGGGACGGAGUCGGGGGCAUGUGGGACUCCACCGCUGAGGUCUGGCAGCAAUCCCACGUUGUCGGAUCCAGGGAGGGUGCAGCAGCAGCCCGGUGGAGGCAGAGGCAGCACCACAACACCACUAAGUUUGCAGGCUGGCAAUUGCCAUGUGCAACAACAGCAACGGCAGCAGGCAUCGCAGAUGUCAUCUUUGGUUGCCGUAUCGACUGCUGCAGCUGCAAUCGCUACAGCAGCAGCACACGCACCUCCAGAACAACUGUCUUCAGCCCCGGAGCUGCAGCUGCAGCCACCGGCGCCGCAGCUUCCAAUACUGCAGCCUGCAGUGGCGGUUGCAGCCGCAGGGGCGAUUACUCCCGGCAUCCAGCACGUUGUGCAUCGUCAUCAGCAUAAGCAGCCGGCAGCAACAGGCUUGGUAGCAGGCAGGGCUGCGGUAGUUGCAGGUGGGAGCCCAAUCCGCAACGGUGGUGGAGGUAGUGGUGCUGUAGGUGCUGUAGGUGCUGCAGGGAUGCCUGAGGUGGCGGCCGGUUCACAGGGGGAUGGAUGGGGCCCCGAGCCAUCUGAAGCAGUGAAUGAAGAGGACAAAGGCAGCCCAGCCCCGGGGCUGAUCGCAGUCAAGAUAGAAUUGGGUCCGGCAGAAGAUCAUAUGGUGAUGCAGCACCCGCCGGGGUUCAUCUGGACCCAGGGGCCAGCUGCAGCCAUGAUCCCCGCAGCGGGAGCGGCAAUAGUGGUUGACUGCGGUGGUGGUGGUGGAGGUGGUAUUGGCGGGUUUGCAGGUGCCGGAGGAGGGCGGAGCUCAGACCUCGUGGACUUGACGAUGGGGACCUCGAGCACCAGUAGCAGCAGCGGUGGCCGCACCAGUAGCAGUGGCGGCGACAUACCUUCGAGCCAUGAGGGUCGUACGGAAACAGCCGCAGCUACAGCUACUUCCGAGGGAGAAGUGGAUAGAGGAGAACAUCAGCAGGGACAGCGCUCUGGGGCAGCUGCGUUGGCGUCAGCGGCAGAUGGCAGCGGCAGCGGCACUUCCUUGGUGCUGGAUGGCGGCCUGUCUCACCCUGGAAGAGGUAUGGCCCGUGCAUUAACGAGCCCGUUGGGGUUGGUUCCUCUGGCGGGGACGACAGCGGGGGCUGCAGGGGAACCGAGCGCCAUACGGCACACAUUGGUGGCACCAGCGGUGGAGGAGGACGAGGCUGCAGAAGUGGUGGACGCAGCAGCUGCUGCAGCCGAGCCUGCAGAGGUGACGUCUGUUCAGCUCCGUGCGGCCGCCGAGGCGGCAGUGGCUCAAUUCGGUGCUGGCUGGUAUCCCCAGGACAGUGCGGAGGCUGAAGGACCGGACCCCGCAGCGGGCGCAGAUAUGGAGCUGGAUGAGGGCGGGGUGGCGGGUGGCUAUGGAGGGGCAGAGGAGGGUGGAGAGGCUGGCACUACCCCAGGGCCGGCCAGUACGGAUGCUGGCCGUAGGAGAUACCGCUUCUUUUCCCCUGAGGAGCUGGAGGCACUGGUGUCCGGCGUGGAGGAGUACGGUGAAAACAACUGGGCGGCCGUGAAGGCCUCCAGACCCCAGCUGGUCAGGAGGACGGAGGGCGGCAUCAUGCAGAAAUGGAGGGCGCUUGUCAAGUACGCCGAGCAGGGGUGGACCACCGGACGUUCACUGCCGCCAUUGGACCUGCAGGCCAGGAUUAACGCUCUGCAGUGCCUGGCACCUCCGCCACCACCAGCUCUACCUCCGCUACCAGCACCUCCCCCGCCACCACCACCGGCACCAAUCGCCGCGUGCGUUCCCCAGGUUCCGGGCUCGGCCGUUGUCCCGGUCCCGCUGAACCAGCAGUCUCCCGCAUGGCAGCCAGUCGGGGCCCAGUUGGGGGAGAAUGGAUACUCCCGGCUCUACUCACAGCAGGAAGUUGAGGCCCUGGUGGGCGGUGUUUUGCAGUACGGCUGCAACUGGGGCAUGAUUCUAGCGAAAUGUCCGGAGCUUAGAAACAGAAAUAAGUAUUCCCUUCGCUACAAGUGGGACAACCUGUGUGCGGUUGUAUCGUCGGGUCGUUGGGAUUGCUACCGCGGGGAGGUGCUGUCCGGGGAGCUCAGGAACAAGGUGGCCGAGGCAUUGGCCGUGUGGGGACGGAGGGGGCCCUUGGGAGGCGGCAAAUGCGGCAGGGGAACAAGCCUAGUAGUGCCAGAUCAUUUGGUGGCCGAACUGUACGGCAAGAAUGUCGUACGGGAGAAGGUCAAGGUUCAGGUCCGUCUCAACGGCAUCUUGCUGCCUGAAGUGUACGACGCUGUACUCCGUCGCUUCAGCGCCCGUCGGCAGUACAUGCUGGUGCAGUGUUCCUCCCUCCGGUGGGCGGUGGAGGAGCAGGGCCGGCUG